AUGUCCGCGCCCGCGGCCAACGCCUCCUUCCCAGCCAGGCCCCCCAGCAGCCCGGUGACCAUCCCGGCGGUGAUGUUCAUCUUCGGCGUGGUGGGCAACCUGGUGGCCAUCGUGGUGCUGUGCAAGUCGCGCAAGGAGCAGAAGGAGACCACCUUCUACACGCUGGUGUGCGGGCUGGCCGUCACCGACCUGCUGGGCACGCUGCUGGUGAGCCCGGUGACCAUCGCCACGUACGUGCGGGGCGAGUGGCCGGGCGGCCCGGCGCUGUGCGAGUACAGCACCUUCAUCCUGCUCUUCUUCGGCCUGUCGGGCCUCAGCAUCAUCUGCGCCAUGAGCAUCGAGCGCUACCUGGCCAUCAACCACGCGUACUUCUACAGCCACUACGUGGACCAGCGGCUGGCCGGCCUCACGCUGCUCGCCGUCUACGCGUCCAACGUGCUCUUCUGCGCGCUGCCGGGCAUGGGCCUGGGCAGCUCGCGCCUGCAGUACCCGGACACCUGGUGCUUCAUCGACUGGACCACCAACGUGACGGCGCACGCCGCCUUCUCCUACAUGUACGCCGGCUUCAGCUCCUUCCUCAUCCUCGCCACCGUGCUCUGCAACGUGCUGGUGUGCGGCGCGCUGCUCCGCAUGCACCGCCAGUUCGUGCGCCGCACCUCGCUGGGCGCCGAGCAGCACCACGCGGUGGGCGCCUUCGCCUUCGCCUCCUCCUCCUCCUCGGCCUCCGCCGCCCGCCGGGGGUCCCCGGCCGCCGCCUCGCCCGCCCUGCCGCGCCUCCACGACGUCCGCCGCCGCCGCAGCUUCCGCCGCAUCGCGGGCGCCGAGAUCCAGAUGGUCAUCCUGCUCAUCGCCACCUCGCUGGUGGUGCUCAUCUGCUCCAUCCCGCUCGUGGUGCGAGUGUUCAUCAACCAGUUGUAUCAGCCGAGCUUAGUGCGAGAGGUCAGCAAAAACCCAGACUUGCAGGCCAUCCGCAUCGCCUCUGUGAACCCCAUCCUGGACCCCUGGAUCUACAUCCUCCUGCGGAAGACAGUGCUCAGCAAAGCCAUGGAGAAGAUCAAAUGCCUCUUCUGCCGCAUCGGCGGGUCCGGCAGGGACACCUCGGGGCAGCACUGCUCAGACAGCAGACGGACAUCCUCCGCCCUGUCCGGCCACUCGCGCUCCUUCCUGUCCCGGGAGCUGAAGGAGAUCAGCAGCACGUCCCAGACUCUCCUGUACAUGCCAGACCCCGGAGACACGGGCCUGGCGGGCAGGAACCUGCUGCCGGGGGUGCCCGGCAUGAGCCUGCCCCAAACAGACACCACCUCCCUGAGGACUUUGCGGAUAUCAGAGACCUCGGACUCCUCGCAGGGCCAGGACUCGGAGAGCGUCUUACUGGUGGACGAGGUUGGGGGCGGUGCUGGGCCCGCCCCCAAGGCCAGCUCCCUGCAAGUCACAUUCCCCAAUGAGACACUGAACUUAUCCGAGAAGUGCAUAUAG